CAGCUACAGACCAGUUACAACAACCUGACUAAAGAGAGAGACCAGCUACAGACCAGUUACAACAUCCUGACUAAAGAGAGAGGCCAGCUACAGUCCAGUUACAACAUCCUGCUACAGACCAGUUACAACAACCUGACUAAAGAGAGAGGCCAGCUACAGUCCAGUUACAACAUCCUGACUAAAGAGAGAAACCAGCUACAGACCAGUUACAGCAACCUGCCUAAAGAGAGAGACCAGCUACAGACCAGUUACAACAACCUGACUAAAGAGAGAGGCCAGCUACAGUCCAGUUACAACAUCCUGAGUAAAGAGAGAAACCAGCUACAGACCAGUUACAACAACCUGACUAAAGAGAGAGACCAGCUACAGACCAGUUACAACAUCCUGACUAAAGAGAGAGGCCAGUCCAGUUACAACAUCCUGACUAAAGAGAGAAACCAGCUACAGACCAGUUACAACAACCUGACUAAAGAGAGAGACCAG